AUGAGUUCCGAAGGUAAAUUUUUCAGUAAGGUUAAGAAUGCCUUCAAGUCUGACAAGAAGGACACCGAAUCCUCACCAAAAUCGACUAGCAAAACUAGCGCUCAAAGUGCAUCAGCUUCAAAAUCACACCAAAAUGUAAUUGAAGAAGCUUACAGUGAAGGUCGUAAAUUUUUCCAUUUGAAACAUUCUAGCAGCAAAGGCGAUAUAGGUUCAGGGUCAGGAUCGAGUGUCGACCCAGGUGCUAAACAUUCGAAAGAUCAACAUCACGAUAUACUUAGACAGGCUUACAAAGAGGGCCAAAAGUUGUUCCAUCAUCAUGCAAAGCAUGGUGUUUCCAGUCCAAGUUCACAGAAACAAGGAGCAUCGCCAUCAACCCAUUCUGGUGCUGUUGGUGUUUCUGGUGGCUCUGGUUCUCCGCACACCCCUUCUACUCCACGUCAAAGCAAAAGCACAACUUCUAGCGUUGCUUCAGGAUUAUCUCAUGACAGGGAUGUCAUUACUGAGUCAUCUGUUGGUCGGGUGGUUACCUCCCCUCCAAGGCGUUCCAGAGAACCCCUUGAACACACAAUUCCUGGAGACUUUGCUAACGAAAAGAAACCAACUGACUCCACAGUAGUUGUUGGUGGUGCUAAUGCCGCUUCAGGUUCUCAAUCAUCUGAUGCCAACGUUGAAACACCAAGAUACACUGAUGGUGCAGAAACAGUCAAAGGGUCUGGUAAAUAUUUUGAUCCAAAGGACACCCAGGGUGGUGUACUUGAUGCUACUAAGACCGAUAAAAGUGCAGAUGCUUAUAAUGAACGAACUAAGGCCGAAUAUCACGACUUGACCAAUUUAAAAACUAAACCUAGCUACCCUGAAGGAGCCGUUGAAAAGGGUGCAGAUCUCGAGCAGGUUAAAAACUUGGCCUACGAGGAAGGGAAAAAGAAGGGAAAAUUGGCUGGUGAUAAUGGUGCAUUUGGAACUUCUAAACAGUCUUCAAAGAAUUCAAAUUCAAAUUCCAAUCCAGUAGAAGAAAAAGAAAUCCACGAAGAAAACAAAUCAGCUUAUAACCCAGGCGGUGUUUCUUCUGUGUUUGACGGAAAUUCAACUAGUCCACAGGCUAACAAGUCAAAUGCUAAAACAGGUACUUCUGGUAGUACAGCUGCAGGUGUUGCAACUGGUGCUGGUGCUGGAUUAACUGGUGUGGCUGCUAGCGCUGGCAAUGCUAAACUGUCAUCAAAUGACAAGCCAUCAUCAAAAGAUGCUGAUGUACAAAGAAAAGAUAUUCCAAGAAACGAAGUGGAUCAUUCAAGUUAUAAAAACACUACUUCUGGUUUAGGAUCCGAUAAUCUUGCCGCUGGUUCUGCUACCACGUCUAGCCAGAUUCCUUCUACUUCGAAUAACGAAAAGCAAUCCUUAAGUGAUCUUGAGAAAAAAAUCAAUGAAACUGAUGAAAGAAUCAGACAAUUAAAGCAAGAUCCUAGUAAUGCCUCCACUUAUGCUGUUCAUGAUGAACCAAUUGCUGCACCAAAGUUGAAGGAUAUUGAUGAUGUACACAAUCAAGUUAACUAUGCUGAUACCAGGGAUGGCACAACGAAACCUAAGGCUGAAAGUUCGUCCACAGGUGGUGUUGGUAGUGUUGGUGGUGCUGGCAUUGCUGCUGGUGCCGCUGGUGCUUUAGGUGCCGCUGCAACAUAUUUAGGUUUUUCAAAAGGGAACAAAGCUAGUGAACAAAGUGGUACAGCUUACAGUGGCUCUGUUAAAGAAAACCAAACUUCAACAUUGUCGGGGAAUAAACCAACUAGUGACGUACCAGAAUCUUCUUAUAAUGAAGGUCAAUUGAAAGCUUUAAAGGACCAGUUGUAUCAAGCUGGUUAUAACCAAGGCAAAGACAUUUACGCCGGAAUUGACAAGAAUUCAAGAACACAUCGUGAUGCUUUGCUUGCAGGUAAUUCAGAAGGCAAGAGUGAUAGCCUGAAUGUUAAUAAAUCAUUAGACCCACAGUCAACUUCUUCAAGUAGAACAGGUAAUUCUAAAGAACAAGCUGAAGCAAUCGCUGCUGCUGCUGGGUUUGGUGCAGUUGGAUACGGUUCAAGUGCUUCAAAAGGUGCACAUACUACAACUAGUAACGCCGACUUAGGUUCUGAAAGUGGAAAACCCGGUUACCAUGAAGGAGGUAAUGAGGAUUUAGCUAGACAGGCUUACCAGGCAGGUAAAGACAAGGCCCAUGCCGAAAAGAAUGCUACAGUAAGCCAUGUCCCUAAAACUGAGGCUUAUGAAGCAGGUAAAGAUAAAGCUAAUGCUGACAAAAAUUUCUUAGCAAGUGCUGUCCCAGCGGAAGAGGCAUACCAAACGGGCCAAGCCAAAGCUUAUGAUGAUAAAGAUAUUUCGUCAAAUGCAGUUCCAAGAGAGCAAGCAUAUCAAGCAGGUAAGAAUAAAGCUGAAACUGAAAGAGAUGCCUCGACUUUGAAACAGUCAGGUGGUAGUUUAAACACUACUAGCACUGAAACCUCUUCUCCUGGUAAGGGCUAUUUAGCUGCUGCUGGUGCAGCCAUUGGUGGUGCUGUUGGUUAUGCUUUCGGUGGCAAAGGGUCUAAAGAAAAUGAUGUUGAUGAUUCAUUGAUUGAAGACGCAGAAAAAGUUGACCCUGCUAUUUCAAAGUUGCCCCAACAUAAAGUUGAUAGUGAUAAAUUAAAGAAAGAAACCACUCUUAGUCGUGAUGCCACAUUUGAUGAAAAGGAAUUAGUUGCUUCCAACGACAGAAAGAUUUGGGAAAAAGAAACCGAUGACUAUAACAAGAAACAUGGUUUUGUUGGUGCCAAGGAGUCAUUAAUUCAAGAAGCUGAGGCCAAGGAUCCAAGUAUCUCCAAAUUACCAGAACACAGAGUUGACAAAGAUCAAUUGGGAAAGGAUGCUUCGCUUGGUCGUGAUGCAACGUUUGAUGAAAAAGAGUUGGUCGCCUCAAAUGACAGAAAGAUCUGGGAAAAAGACGCCACGGAUUAUAAUAAAAAGCACGGGUUUGAUUCUGGUACUCAAAAAUCAUCUUCUACAGUUGAUGCUCCAAAAUUAAACACUUUGAAAGAUGAUGAAGAAUAUGAAGAUUCGACUUCUGAAAAGGGUUAUUUGGCUGCUGCUGGUGCAGCUAUUGGUGGUGCCGUAGGUUACGCUUUUGGAGGUAAAGGCUCUUCUAAAGAAAACGAUGUUGAUGAUUCAUUGAUUGAAGAUGCUGAGAAGGCAGAUCCAACUAUUUCGAAAUUGCCACAACAUAAAGUUGAUGAUAAGGAAUUAAGAAAAGAUACCACUCUUAGUCGUGAUGCCACAAUUGACGAGAAAGAAUUGGUUGCUUCCAACGACAGAAAGAUCUGGGAAAAAGAAGCAGAAGACUAUAAUAGAAAACAUGGCUUUGUCUCUGGUAAUUCUGAAAAAUCAUCUCAUGAUAGUACUUCUAAUGUACCAAACAAAUCUGCUGUUUCAACCGAGUCAAACUAUGAUAAUGGAAAACCAUAUUCUUCUGGUGCUGGAGAACAAUCGCAAGGUUCCUCUUCUUCUGAAAAAGGAUAUUUAGCUGCUGCUGGUGCAGCCAUUGGUGGUGCUGUUGGUUAUGCUUUCGGUGGCAAAGGGUCUAAAGAAAAUGAUGUUGACGAUUCAUUGAUUGAAGACGCAGAAAAAGUUGACCCUGCUAUUUCAAAGUUGCCCCAACAUAAAGUUGAUAGUGAUAAAUUAAAGAAAGAAACCACUCUUAGUCGUGAUGCCACAUUUGAUGAAAAGGAAUUAGUUGCUUCCAACGACAGAAAGAUUUGGGAAAAAGAAACCGACGACUAUAACAAGAAACAUGGCUUCACCAAUCAAACAGAUUCUUUAAUUCAAGAAGCCGCUGAAGUUGAUCCAUCAAUUACCAAGUUGCCUGCACACAAACUUAAAAACAAAGAUGGUAAGGAAGUGAAACCAGAAGUUGUUGAAACUAACCCGGAAGAAGUGGACACUUCAGCAAUUCAGAAUUUUAAAAAGUUGGAAGAAGAUGUCAGUGCUUACAAUAAGAAACAUGGUCAUACUGGUGCACAAGAAUCGUUAAUUGCUGUAGCCGAAGAAGCUGAUCCUAAAAUUCUGAAAUUACCUACUCAUAAAGGUGACUUUAAUGAGACAAAGCAGGUAGACCAAGUUGGUGGCGCUGAACCAGGUGAAGUUCAGAAAUUGCCCGCCGACCAUCCAACUGCGAGGCAUCGCGAAGUGAGUGAGAAUAUCAAGUCAGACAAAACAGCAGAUGCUGGCGCUACCCAAGAUAAUAAAAAGAAACAUGAUCAUCACACCUCCACUGCUGUUGGUGCUGGCGCUGGUGUUGGUGCGGGCUUAGCUGCUGGAAGCUCUGCACAUUCUCACUCCACGGAACAUGAUUCAACAUACAAGUCACAAUUGGACCCUGAUUUGAAGAAAGAGUUGUAUUCUCGAGGGUACACAAAGGGAAAAUCAAGUCAUUCAUCUGUUCCAUCUUCCACCUCUGAUUCUCAUAGCCAUCAUAGAACUGUUUCUGGGGCUUCAUAUAAUGCAACCAAACCUAUUAAUGAAGGUGAAUUACCUGAACCUGAUCUUCAGGAUGAUGAUGCUAGACACGAUAGUAGAAAAUCAGGUGCUGGGAUUGGUGCUGCAGCUUUGGCAGGUGGUGCCAUCGGUGGAGGUGCUGGUGCAUUAGCAUCAUCUGGUAAACACUUGGAUCAUAAUUUAAAAUCAGAAUUGUAUGAAGCUGGAAAAUCCAAAGGAUUAGCUAGUUCAUCUGAAACAGGACAUGCUGAAACAUCAUUAGACCCAAAGUUGCAGUCAGCUGCUUAUGAAACUGGCCAUGACAAGGGUUUGAACACGACUGGAUCGUUUAAUCUGGAUUUGAAUCCCACUUUGAAGGAUCAAUUGUAUAAUGAAGGCUAUGCUAGUGCUGCAUCUGGGUAUCCUUAUUUAGGUAAACAGGAUGCAAAGCAAGCUAGUGGUGCUAACAGAGAAGUUUCAUCACUUGAUCCAGUACAAGACUACAAACUGUAUGAAUCUAGACAAGGGAAUACUGCUAGAGCUGUCGAAGGGGGUUAUUCUACCGCUAACCCAGCAACAUCUGGUGUACUUGAUUCCAAGUUGAAACAGGACAUUUAUGAGCAUGGCUAUGCGAAAGGUAGUACUGAGGCAAAACAAGAGAAACAAAGAGCUUCGCCAUAUAGCUAUCCACCAGGGUCAAGUAACAGAGAGGCUGCUAUUGUUGGGGGUGCUGGUUUGGCUGGUUUGGCCGCUGGUGCUGGUGCAGCCGGAGCAUUUGGUCACCAUAAAGAGUCACCAAAGUAUCAGCAUGACGAUAAGAGUACUGAAUUUAUCGAAGAAACUUCUGCAACAGAAAGUCGUUCUCGUAACAAAGAUGAUUUAGUAGUAGAAGUCAUUGGUAUUGAAGAUAGAGAAGAAGCAUUGAAUACAGCCAAAAAAGCUUCCAAAAAAUUGGACGAAAAGGGAGUUGAUUUGACCACUGGUAAAUUAGUGAUUAAUGCCAACACUAAGGAAAUCUAUAAAGCUGAAGAAGAAGAACCAGAGGGAUUAACGAACCAAACUGCCAGUAAAGAUAUUCCAUCUAGUGGCUUGAGUCUAAGCACUUCUCUGGGUUCUCAUGCCCCUUCAUCUCAACAUGCUGCUGAUUCGGCUUAUAGUUCUGGGCCAUCUUCAACGCCAGAAAAGAUUGACACUUAUCAACAAACUGAAGCUGCCAAGAAAAGAUUAGCUGAAGCUGCCAGAAAGAAUGUUACCUCAACCCAGAAGCAUACCAAUUCAGGGUUAACUGGUACUGAAGCUGCUGCCUUGGGUGCUGGUGUAGUUGGUGGUGCUGGUAUUGCCAGUGUUGCUGGUCAAAGUAGUUACAAAUCUAGUGAUGUUAAUCAUAUUCCUCCACAUGCUACUGUUCUGAAAGAAAUUGAUCCACCACUUUCACACAAGCAUGGUUACGAAGGUGAUGGUGGUAUUGCAAGUCAGCCUCCAGUGAAAAAACAUGAAACCGAAGCACCAGCAACUGAUGAUGAGAUAUUUGUCAAUGUCAAAGGAACCAAAGAUAAUGUGCUUGCUACAAAGAUAGCAAGAACUGCUGUAGCAAGAUUGCAAAAAACACAUGCUUCAGUUGUUGCCAAAGUUAAGGAAUUACAGGUAGAUGCAACCAGUGGUAUUGUCAGGAAUGAGAAUGGCCAAGAAGUUGCUCGAUACCCAGAUCUAGCAGUUGAAAAGAAUAAAAGUGGAACUGCAACAGUUGGUCAAGGGGCUAAUUCUUUAGAAUCACCAAAGCAGAAAGACACCAUUAGUCAUGGACACAGUAGUAAAGAUCAUACAAAGGAUCGUGAUACCCAUUUAGCUAGUGCUGCUGUUGCUGGCGGAGUUGCAAGCACUGCUGCCGCUGCUGCUGCGUAUAAAAAGUCUACACAUGAACCUGCUGCUAGUAGCUAUAAUCAAACCAGCUCACGUGCUAUUUCUGAUGCAGGAGUUGGACACCAAAAUGAAAGGCAUAUUGCUAAUACCCCUCAACAUCAGGUUGGACAAAAUAUCGGAUCUAGCAAUUAUUCGCCAAAUACCUAUAGCUCUCCUACUGGUGCACUGGGUGUUCGUGAAAAAGGGGCACCAAUAGCUACUGGAAUAGACUCAAAAGGUAUUAAUGCAGCUGCUUAUUCUGAAGGUGCAAAUGCUGGUAGCGGUGGUUUAUCAAGAGGUCCUGGUGCAACUUCUUUUGGUGACAGUACUUCAGCUGAUUACUUUAAAUCAGGAGCAACUGGAGCUGUUCCUUCUACAUAUUUAAAUUCUUCUGCUACUCCUAAUGAAUCAUUCAAUGCAGGAGGUGUUGUUGGUGGAACCGGUUUUGGUGAUAAUUCAAAUACUUCCUAUAAUGAAACUGGUAGAGAUAGAGAGUAUGCAGCUCCAACUUUGCAAUCUGAAUCAGGUUUACAUACCAAUCUUGCCAACAAGGGGUCACCAUUAGGCGGGUUAGCACUGGAAGAGACCAAUACCAAAGGUGUUGAUUUUACCAAUAAAGAUUCAAACUAUGCUUUGAGUGGAAGUGGAGCACAGAGCCAACAUGGCCAAACUUCUGGUGCAUCAGAGAUUCCAAAGUCUGUUGGUACCACAAAUGUGGAGAAUAAGAAUUUAUCCGGUAAAUCAACUAUUGGUGGAGGUGAUGCUGUUACUGGUGAUGCAGAUGAAGCAGAUUCUUCUUUCUUCUCAGUUGCUGAAACAAGCACUUAUUCGAUGCCAGGAUCAUGGAAUUAA